AUGUCCAACACCUCUGUUUUUAUCGCUAGAUCCAAUGAUGAACCUCAAGCUCAAGGAGCACCAGGAAACUAUGAUUGUUCAUUGUCUGAUAUAUACACUUCAGUUAACCCAACUCUCCCGGAAGAUAAUAGACAUGAAUACACAGAAUCAAUUUUUUCAAACGACGGAACGAUGGUCGACACCUCUUCAAUCGCUGAAUCCGACAAUUCUGAUACAUAUACCUUAGUCACCCCAACUCUCCCGGAUGGCACUGAACAUGAACACAAAGAGGAUGACAACCAUGAACAAACAGUCUCCUUCCGGUGGGGAGCUUACAAGCUCCCAACAGGUAUGAUAGAACUUUUGACAGCCCUGGCUGACAAAACGGUUGAAGUAAUCAACGAGUCUAACAAGGGUGAGGACCCCAACAAAGCCAUUUUUGAACCAUUGACAAGCUACCUUGAGGUAGCAAGUGGGAUGCCAGCAUCGAUCUUAGAUGAUGCAAGGUUGUUUCUGAUGGCAAAGGGAGAGCAUCAUCGUGAUGGAAGCAUUGGGUUGGCUCCAAAAGACGCUCUGACUGCUAAUGAGAAAUGGAGCAACUGGAAGUACGAGCCGGAUUUCUAUUUGACAAUCAUGUAUCUUCACCAUGCCCGAACAUUCUUCCUUCAACAGUGA